AUGGCGCAAAGGUAUGAAGAUGUGGCCCAAUAUGGGCAGGAGGGGAUGGCUGGUGUUUAUGGAGACCCCCACCACCCCCAUGCAGCUGCAGCUUCCCGCUCCCUGCAGGCUGUUCACCUGGUCCCCGCCGCCUCGGCUGGUUCUUUCCCUCGUCACCAGUCCGCCCAGUCCGCCCACACCAGCAGCAGCAGCAUGGCCUUCACGGCCGGAGACGCCCUCAGGCACGACAAAGACGGCAUUUAUGGCCAUCCCUUGUUUCCUCUCCUCGCGCUGCUCUUGGAGAAAUGUGAGCUGGCGACAUGCUCACCGAUGGAGGGCGGCGUGGUCGGGGGAGGCAUCUGCUCCUCGGACUCCUUCAGCGAGGACAUCGCCAUCUUCUCCACACAGAUCCAGUCGGAGAAACCUUUCCUCUCAUCAAACCCAGAGCUGAACGACCUGAUGAUUCAGGCCAUAUUAGUCCUUCAUUUCCACCUCCUGGAGCUGGAGAAGGUUUGUGAGCUUUGUGAUAACUUCUGCCAUCGAUACAUCAGCUGUCUGAAGGGGAAAAUGCCGAUCAAUCUGCUCAUAGACGACAGAGACGGAAACAAGUCGGACAGUGAGGAGCUCUUCAGGUCUUCUGGGAUUGAUGUGGAACAGAUUUUGUGGCGUAGGGAGCCUGAGGACUCAGCAUCGCUCCCAUUCGACGGGACACCGAAAGCAACCAGUGGAGGACAUGCUUCUCACAGCAGCAGUGAAGAAGGUGACGGCUUUCACUUCGAUGUGGCGUCACCCAUGCUGGGUGAUGACAACGACCCCGACAGAGAACGACUACACAACAAGAAGCGAGGCAUCUUCCCCAAAGUGGCCACCAACAUCCUGAGAGCCUGGUUGUUCCAGCACCUGAUGCACCCAUACCCAUCAGAGGAGCAGAAAAAACAGCUUGCUCUGGACACCGGCCUCACCGUCCUGCAGGUCAACAACUGGUUCAUCAACGCGAGGCGGCGAAUCGUUCAGCCCAUGAUCAACCAGUCCAGCAGAGUGGGCCAGGCAGGACUGUUCGGUCCAGAUGGUCCACCAAUGGGAGGCUUUGAUGGACAGAGACACAUGGGAAACAGAGCACCUGGUGUGAUGGGUGGCAUAGGGAUAAGGAUGGAUGUGGAGGACCUGUGGCACUACAUGUAGAGGCAGGAAGUCCACCCUGCAGCCGUCCGAGACGACUAGCGACCCAGAAACCACCGACUCUGAUCAGCAGGUCUGGAGCAGGACCCCCCC